GACAGGUCGUAAUGAGUUGCCCACUGAGACCCUCUGAAGCCCAAGAAGGCGACCAACUGAGCGAAGAAUGUGGGAUGCUUUACGGUGAAUACUUGAUGUUGGACAAGAUUUUAGAAGCCCAAAGACUACUCAGCGAGCAAAAUAACCAACCCGUGCACGACGAGCAUUUAUUUAUUGUGACCCAUCAAGCGUAUGAGUUAUGGUUCAAACAAAUAAUCUACGAGCUGGACUCGAUCCGCAACAUUUUCAGCGACGUUUUAGAAGAGUCGCAAACUUUGGAAAUCCUCAAACGCCUCAAUCGUGUUGUUUUGAUCCUCAAGGUUUUGGUGGACCAAGUAAUGAUUCUGGAAACGAUGACACCGCUCGAUUUCAUGGACUUCCGGUGUUAUCUGCGGCCCGCUUCCGGGUUCCAGAGCCUGCAGUUCAGGCUCCUGGAAAAUAAGCUCGGGGUGCGCCAGGAAAACCGCGUCAAAUACAACCAGAAUUACUCGAAAGUGUUCGGAAACGACGAAAAAGCGCUCGAGCAAAUCGCCAAGUCGGAGAAAGAGCCGUCUUUGACCGAUUUGGUCCAGCGGUGGCUGGAGCGAACGCCGGGGCUGGAGCUCGAGGGGUUUAAUUUCUGGGGGAAGUACCAAAAAGCGGUCGAGAAGCUUUUAACCGAGCAAAAAGAACUGGCGGAGAAAGAGGAGGCGGAGACUUUAAAGCGUUACAAAUUGAACGAUUUGGAGAAGAGACGCGAGGUUUACGAGUCGAUUUUUAAAGUUGAGGUCCAUGAGGCUCUAAUGUCGCGCGGCGAGAGGCGCUUCUCACACAAAGCCCUGCAAGGGGCUAUCAUGAUCACCUUUUACAGGGACGAACCCAGGUUCAGUCAGCCCCACCAAAUUCUAACACUUUUGAUGGACAUAGACUCGCUGAUUACGAAAUGGCGGUAUAAUCAUGUUUUGAUGGUGCAAAGAAUGAUUGGUUCUUCGCAGUUAGGAACAGGGGGCUCUUCGGGGUAUCAGUAUUUAAGGUCAACGUUAAGCGAUCGGUAUAAAGUUUUCGUGGACCUUUUCAAUUUAUCGACGUUUUUGAUACCACGGUCCUACAUCCCCCCCUUGUCUACGUCUAUGAGAAGUCAUUUGUGCAAUUGGGGGUCGGCGAAUAGCACCAAUAACGUGUCGAAUGGAAACAAUUAAUUAUUUCGUUAAGUGAACGCAAUUUUACUAAUUGGACGCACUUAUUUAUUAAUUUUUACUCACCUGAAUUUGAAUUUGCGGCACCUGUCACUUGUAAACUGUCAACUGUCAAAUAAUGUACAGUCUAGGACACACUAAAUGCACGGGGCAAUUGAAUAAAAUUAA